ACACAGGCACAGGCUAAGAGCGUGGAGGGAAAAGAGGGCCACUCCUCCUCACUCCUCCACUCCUCUUUCUCCAUUCACAGAGAAAGCUCUGAGCAGAAACCUCUCUCCUCUUUCAAUGGACUCCAUCUCUCUGAGCCCAACACUCUCUCACUGUUGUGAACGGAAACUGGAGAUCACAGCUGAUUGUUCUGUUUAAUUUUUCUUUAUUUCUUCUCCUUGUGCUCUUCUCCGCUGCUGAGAAAAGUUGACUGCUGUGACUUUGCUACUUCGCCAUGAACUUAAGGAGUUUCCAGAGCGGCUGCGUGGUGUCGUAAACAACUGACAGGCAACAACUGAGCCAGAGACGACUUGUGAAAGACUCUUAAGGAUUUGAAGGGUGGUGGCUGUUUUGGGUUUGGGUCUGGGCCAAAGGUCAGUCAUCCACACGGGCAGGGAGGUAGACAGGUAGAAAGGUACAGGGAGACAGAUCAAAUUUAAAAAUAGCCUACCUUUGCCCUCAGUUUUACCCCUGGACCACAAUGGGUUCAGAUGUCCGUGACCUGAACUCCCUGCUGCCGCCGGUCCCGGCGGGCCCCAGCCCCGGCUGCCCGGCACUGCCCGUCAGCACGGCCCCUCAAUGGGCUCCGGUCUUGGACUUCCACACCGCUGCCUCCCCUUACUCCUCCCUGGCUGCCUCUCACACCUCCCUGGGGCCGCACUCCUUCAUCAAGCAGGAGCCCAGCUGGGGGACCACGGGCGACCCCCACCACCUCGACACAGACCCCCACUGCGGCCUCAGUGCCUUCACUGUCCACUUCUCGGGGCAGUUCACGGGCACGGGGGCCUGCAGGUACGGGGCGUUCGGGGCGCCCCCUCCUCCGCCACCGCCCACCAGCCAGCCGCCUUCUGUUGGCGCCCCGCACCACCACCAGCCCCCCAGCAGGAUGUUCAGCAACCCGCCAUACCUGACCAACUGCAUGGACACGCAGCCUGCAGCCCGCAACCAGACAGGAUACAGCGCGGUUGCAUUUGAUGGAGCUGGUAAUUACGGCCACACUCCUACACACCACAGCUCGCAGUUCUCCAACCACUCCUUCAAACAUGAAGACGCUUUAACCCAGCAGAACACCAUGGGUGAGCAACAGUAUCCUGUACCCCCUCCUGUAUAUGGGUGCCACACUCCUUCAGACAGCUGUGCAGGCAGCCAGGCACUGCUGUUGAGGAACCCUUACAACAGUGGUGAAAAUUUAUAUCAAAUGACCUCUCAGUUGGAGUGUGUGGCUUGGAACCCUGUCAAUACACUGGCAUCCACCAUAAAGAGCCAUGCAGCGGGCUACGACAGUGACCCCAGCACCCCCAUGGUGUACAGCUGCAGCACGCAGUACCGCAUACACACACAUGGAGUCUUCAGGGGCAUACAGGAUGUACGGCGGGUGCCCAGCAUCGCUCCAGCAAUAGUGCGGUCAGAGAGCAGUGAGAAGCGUCCCUUCAUGUGUGCCUACCCAGGAUGCAACAAACGUUACUUCAAGCUGUCUCAUCUGCAGAUGCACAGUCGCAAACACACAGGGGAGAAACCUUACCAGUGUGAGUUCACAGACUGCGGCCGGAGGUUUUCUCGCUCCGACCAGCUCAAAAGACACCAGAGGAGGCACACAGGAGUUAAACCCUUCCAAUGCGAGACGUGUCAGAGAAAGUUCUCUCGGUCUGACCACCUUAAGACACACACCCGGACUCAUACAGGCGAGAAACCGUUUAACUGCCGGUGGCCGAACUGUCAGAAGAAGUUUGCCCGGAGUGAUGAGUUGGUGCGGCACCACAACAUGCAUCAGAGGAACCUCACCAAGCUCCAGCUGGCCAUCUGAGUCUGUGUUCAGUCGAUAUCACAGUUUUACAUGUAAACAUCGGGCUUACAUCUGUUUAUAUAUUCUGUCUCUGGUUAAUCCAAACCUGGUUAUCACCUUUGCAACCACAGUGGCCUCUAAAGCUCUGUGUCCUGAUACGUCCCUUAAAAAAGUCAAAACAACACUCCACUGAUUUAGCAUUGCACCCCUAUAACAUUGUCAAAUUCACAACGGACAGUUUCAAAGAAAUAUAGCAGAACAAGAGAUAUCGUCCUUUUUUAUUCCAUGCAUUCUUCCUCCCCAAAACCUGGUGCCUACAUUACCCACAAAGCAACUCAACCGUCUACAGUUUAGUCUGCUGAUAGCAGCCAGUGAAGCCUCCAGCAGAGAUGAGGAGCAGCUAGGUCUGGUAAUCUCGCUUCUUUCUAACUCCACACAGAUUUCACACAGCUCCCUCUGCAGACACAAAAACCUUAUGUAACUUUUUUCAAAUAUGCAGCAGUACUCCCCAACACCUGGAAACACACGUUGAUAUGUAAAAUCUGUGGAGCUCCCCUUUAAUAAUAGUUAUACAUUAUUUUGAUUUUACAAAUUAGAUACCACAGUCUACAGCCUAAGACAGAAAGUAAAUCUGUCUAAGGGUGCGUUGAAAAUUCAAGCGAAUUAAAAUGCUUCAACAAAAGCCAUGUGAGAACGUUCACUCCUCUCAUUGGUUAGAUGUGUUUGGGGUGGGAGCGAGUACAUAAACACAGAAGAACGUACUGAAAAAGGUCCUAUCUGCCCUAACCUAUCUGCAACAUACGUCAUUAUUAGUCCAACGGUUGACUUUACUCAUCUGCAUCCCAGCAUGCAAAUCACACCCUGUUAUGGUGCAGAGUACUCCUUGUAGUUAGGUCAGAUCAAGGGCAGAUGACGUUCCCGACACAAAUCAACUGCUUCAGAAUUUGUUUGUGACGGUUGUGUUUGUCCACACCCGAAUACAAUUGCUGUGUUCAGAUCUGCCCAAAUGAAUCAUACCAAAGUAGCAGAGUCCAGUUCAACCCAACUAAACAACGAAGACGCCCUAAGAGUCAUGAAAGAUUCUGAAGUCUGUUAGUUAAAUAGUCUGUCUUGGGAAUUCUCAUAUCCUAUAUUUUUAUAAUGCCAACAAAUUCCAUGAAAAGGCUGAAACCAACUAUGUGUUAGGCUGACAUUUGGCACUGAGUCCUCACUUCACUGCCUUGACACAGAGGGCUCUGACAAAAAACACACAGGCUCAACUUUUGCCAAAACAGAAUGCGAUGUCAUCUGUCAGGGCUCUGCCUUGGCCAGUCAAAUACAUGCAAGUGCACAUUCCUAGUGGAUUACUUUGCAUUUCUACUGUUUACAUCUUACAAUCCUCACAACCCAAGAUAAAGUAAUGCUAAUCCUAAAUAACACUUUCCAGAGUUGUGACAUCCUUCCUUGUAAUAUUAUAAGCCACUGUCCAGUGUUUCGGCAUCUGAUGAGCAUUCAAACUCACGGAUCUGUCACUCAAACUGGACCUUCUGGAUUGUGUUUCAUCAUCUCACUGGUACCUGAGAGAAUAUGCCUCUCUCUUGCAUUUAUUUAACGCAGGGUUGUCUUCACUCUGAAUACACACUCAGUCUGUCUCUCAAGACUUUCCCAGCCUGUCUGUAGCUCUCAGCACCAAGGUCAUUCAUUCCUACUGAAGACUUUUAAAAAUGGGUCACAAAAAAACUUUCAUUUAAAAAAAAAAAAAAAUGCUAAGGAAUUUUCUUAAACAGACUGGCACUGUAGUUUUUUUUUUUUUAUUUUUUUUUUAGCAAAUAUGACCCAAACAGGUGUAAAUAGUGCGUUUUAUUGGUGAUUAAACUUGAAAAACUUGUUAGUAGGAUCAGUUCAUUGUUGGUUUUGGUCUUGUCAUGAGAUUUGUUGACUAUAAAUGAAAUACUUAAUACUAUCAGACUCUUCCUUUACAGAAAUCUUUGCUCUGGUUGUAAAUUGACGCUUCAGAAAGUCAAAAGCACAUGAAUUCUUCUAGAUUAUCCUGAUAGAACACAACUGAGAAGAGUAUCAUUUAAUGUUUCUUUAUAUCCGUUUUUGUUUUGUUUUAUAUCACAGGCAUAAAAUGCUGUGUUAGGCAGAUGAAAAGUCCUGAAGUAUCUCAGACAAAAUAUUUCCAUCUUAACUAAAAGGUGAUAUUUCAUUUCUUAUCCCCAAUUUUUGUCUUUUCUCUUGGCACCAACCACCACCGGUGUGUGUACAGGGAGGUCAGAGGUCAGGAUCAGAUGCAUCCAUGCGCCCAAAGCUUAGCGCUUUUUCAGCUGUUGUAAAUAUCUCUUAUGUUGAACUACUUAUUUAUUUUCUUUUUGUGGACAGACAUUGUUUUCACUGGAAUGAUUUAAAGGGAGAGAGGUGAAAUAGCAUCUCUUUGUAGCCCUCUCAACCUUUUCUAAUAGUUUUCAUAGUUAUACCAUAAAAGAUAAAGUUGGCUUUAAUUUAAAAAGAUCCAAUUAAGUGAAUAAUUUACAUCUGACAUUGUAGGCGGUGUUUGCAAUGUAAGUGUGUGGUGUUUUUUUUUUCUGGUCAGCAUAAUAAAGUACAUUGCAAACACAAAUAUGCCUUUAAGUUUGUAUUUUAAAAAUCUGCUGCAGAUGUACACUUUUGUUUUUGAGUAAUGUGAGAAUCUGAUUUGGGUUUUUUUUUUAGCAGAGCUCAGCGCUCUUGGAGCUUAAUCGUCUGAGUCUCUUGUUUCUGUGGUGUGUAAAUAUUGCUGGACUUUGGCAGUGUUUUAGACACUGCAAGCUCUAAAAUAUGUCUGCUGGGUCACACUGGCUCUGUGGCCAGGACAUUAUGGUCAAGAUGUAAAUAAUACUUCUUCACCAUGGGAACUGAGCUCUUUCCAUGGGGAAAAUAUGUAACUUAACUGAUAUAUUUUAGACUUUCUUUGGAUGGAUCCAGGAACUGUUUAUACUUUCUUUUUUUCUUUCUUUGAUGUGUAUUAAUAUUUGGGUCAUAAAAAAGCAAAUGUCAGUGAAACAUUUUGUACUCAAAAGUGUGCGAUAAAAUGAAGGUUUCUCUCUGUGUAAAUGUAUUGUGGCUGUUUUGAUACAGUAA